AUGAGUAGUUAUGCGUCGGCCUACCUUUAUGAUAUUUUAUCGCACAUUCUACUUCUAUUUCGAAACAAAAUUCACAUCCUCAAAUGUCGACAGAACGUACUUGAUAGAUCCACUUCAAGUUCGUCUGCUUCAAGAUUCGAGCUAAACUUGGUUUCCAUGUUGCAGAAACUGGCUAAUCGUUAUUUUUUAUUUAAGCCGUUUGCCGAACUUUUCUUGAUUCAUAUGAAAUCAUUCAUUUGGCCUAAUCCGUCAACUAAUUGCAUUAAUGUUGCAUUUUUUAACUUGCACUUCCAAUCUCCGCCGAAGUUGAUGUUUAGUAAAUAUAAUGGGCUCUUGUUUAGAAAACAAGCUGAAAGGAGAGUCUCAGAAUUGAAUUCUCCAUGUGAUGAAUUCAACACAAUCGAAUGUCAAGUAAAUUAUUGUUAUAUGAGCAUAUAUUCAACGAAUUCUGUAACUACGGAUCGAAAUUUCUCCACUGCAACCCAUCCUUCACUCAGAAGGACUGAAUAUGUUUUCGAUACUUAUUAUUCUGACAAGAAUUUCGACGGACUUCUUCAUCUAGCCCCAAUGAUCACUGAUGAAAGUAUAAGUUUUGUGUUAAGUUUUCUGAUGUAUAUGCAGUUGGGAUUACAAAUCACAGUCAUAAUUCAUGUGAAUAUGUUCAUUAUAAAAUUUCUCCAUAUAUAUUGUUGCGUGCAAAUGAAGUCGAAUGUAUUUCACAUUUUAGCUGGAAACUUAGUUAAAUUGAUGCAGAAUGCUUUAAAAUUAGCUUGUUUGGUAGCAGGGAGGCGAGUCGUUGAGACAGUUCUGCAUUGGCAAAUAAGAUUGGGCAAUAUACCCAACUUGAAAAUAGUGAGUUGA